ACGGCAGCAGGUCGUCAUAGCAAAAGCAGCAUGGCGGCCGCGGAGCAGGGUCCCGGCGUAGUCCCGGCUGUAACGGAGAACCCUGGUCCCGGAGCAGACGGCGGGGCGGGGGCAGCACCUGCCCAGGACCAGCCCGUCUGCCUCAUCGUGCUGGGCAUGGCGGGCUCCGGGAAAACCACCUUCGUGCAGAGGCUGACGGCUCACCUCCACUCUGCCAAAGCUCCGCCGUACGUCAUCAACCUGGACCCGGCCGUCCAUGAGGUCCCCUUUCCUGCCAACAUCGACAUCCGGGACACCGUCAACUACAAAGAGGUGAUGAAGCAGUACGGCCUGGGGCCUAACGGGGGUAUCGUCACCUCACUCAACCUGUUUGCCACGCGCUUCGACCAGGUGAUGCAGUUCAUUGAGAAGAAGCGGCAGGACCACCGGUACGUCCUGAUCGACACCCCGGGUCAGAUUGAAGUCUUCACCUGGUCGGCGUCUGGGACCAUCAUCACCGAGGCCCUGGCGUCGUCCUUCCCCUGCGUGGUGAUCUACGUGAUGGACACGUCCCGCAGCGUCAGCCCCGUCACCUUCAUGUCCAACAUGCUGUACGCCUGCAGCAUCCUCUACAAGACCAAGCUGCCCUUCAUCGUCGUCAUGAACAAGACCGACAUCAUCGACCACAGCUUUGCAGUGGAGUGGAUGCAGGACUUUGAGGUGUUCCAGGACGCUCUGAACCAGGAGACGUCGUACGUCAGCAACCUGACCCGCUCCAUGAGUCUGGUCCUGGACGAGUUCUACACCAACCUGAGGGUGGUGGGCGUGUCUGCCGUGACGGGCAGCGGACUGGACGAGCUGUUCGUGCAGGUGGAAGACGCUGCCAAGGAGUACGAGAGGGACUACCGUCCAGAAUACGAGAGACUCCACAAACAGCUGGCGGAGGCUCAGAGCCAGAAGCAGCAGGAGCAGCUGGAGCGUCUCCGGAGGGACCUGGGAGCCGUGCACAUGCACAACGCUGCAUCCACAGAGCCGGCUCACGUAGCAGGACCCAGUGACCUCAUCAUGACCCGCGGUAACCCUGACGACGGGGAGGACGAGGAGGACGUGGACAGUGAUACAGAUGACAUUGACCACAGCGCAACGGAGGAGAGCAAAGAAACCGAUGCCUUCGGAAACUUCCUGAAGGAGAGAAAGGAGGUGGUUCAGGUGCGGAACAGGAAGUGUGCACAGCCUGAUGCUCCUUGACCUCUGACCUCUGACUCCACACUGUCAGGAAGAAGGAAGUGAUGUCACUGUCUACAUGCAGGACUGGGACUGUUACCUGGAGACGGUCCUGUACAUGACCCUCCUGAUCAGGUGACCACUGACCCCUCGCACCUUCAGAGCAGCCGAACGGCUGCUGCUUCCCCAAAUAAAAGGAUUUCUAUUUUUGUUUUUGAUAUUUCCUGCGUCCAUCGUUGUUGGACUGUUUUUGUGUUGCAACAACUGCAAAUAAAAGUGAGCGUUGAA